AUGCAUCCUGUCACUCUUCAGUGUGGCACAGCUUUAGGCUUGAAGAGGCACUACAGCACGCUCGCCUAUUCCGACCUCUCGGACGUGCGGCGUGACGUCUUUGAUUCAAGCGUGCAAGAAGUGGUGCCCAAGAUGAUCGAUUGUACCAUCAACGUGUUCAAGCAGGCCAUGGAAGCGGAUGGCGUCCACCCGAACUUCCUGCAGGAUGCGCACUGGGCAGCCUGGCUGGCGGUCCAACUGUGGCGGAAGCACUUCGAAGGAAGCGCCCUCCUGGACCCCGAGGUGCCCUUCGAGCGGCCCAUGGAGGAGACGUUUAAAGAUUCCAACUUGCGCGUCUUGCAGUGGAACCUGCUAGCCGAAGGCCUGGUGCCAGAGGGCUUUAUGAUGCCCUUGGUGUCCAAGGCUCAUGUGCAGCGCUCCGAUCAAUUUCUGCAGACCUUAUUGCAGACCGGCGAACCAGAGGAUCUUCGUACGGCGGCCAAGCUCUCCUCCCAGGGCUACCGAAGCUUCGUGUGGCGGCAAGGCGAGGAUGGCAGCGACCAAAUCCACUGGGAAGAGUUUGCACGCAUGGCUUGCAACAUGGUGCUCGCCAUGAAGGGCUUGCCGCCCUCACAGAAGGAGGAGCGGGGCUUGGAUUUGAAGAAGAGGUACAACCCCGACCAGGAGGGCCCCAACAGUGGCCAGCUCACGGUCAACGAGAAGGCCGUGGUGGGCCCUGAGCAUCGUCUCCUGCGAGUGGUGUGGUUUGUGGCGCUGUUGCAGCCUGAUGUCAUUUGCUUCCAGGAGGUGGACAACUUUGCGUUCUUGGCUCACGAAUUGCAGAAGCUGGGCUACGCUUGCAGCUCCGUGGGCGCCAAGGACUAUGUACCCUUGAAGGAUCGUACGGGCAGCUACGGGGAGCGCCUGGCGCAAUCCGAGUGGUCCUUUGCGCCGAAGAGCGGCGUGAAGCGCGGGAAGUCAACGGCGCGACACUUCUUGGAGAAGAGAGUGAAAGACGGUGGUCACAAAGCGACCAUUGAUGGGCAUCAGUGGCCCAUCGAUGAUGAUGGCCAAGCCAUUUUCUGGCGCAAUGAUCGCUUUGAGAUCGUCGGGGAGCCAGAGUUCUUGGUGCUCCCGGGCGAUGCCGACAUCGAUGCCUUCUUGGACGGCACGUCGGAAGAGCCAGGAUGCACACAAAGUGAUCAAGGGGCAGUUCGGGUCUUGUUGCAGUUCAAAGACUUGGAUGAGCGCUUGCAUCGACAGCAGUUCUACGUAAGCACAACUCACUUGUCCAGUGGCACGGACCAAGAAGUGCACCGCAUCCAACAGCUUCACCACCUGGGCUCCACCUGGGCCCGCUCGGGGCUACCUGAGAUUUGGUCGAUGGACGCGAACACCGAGGUGGACUUUGAAGACCCCGACAUGACCUGCAGUUCAGUGCCCAUCCCUGAAGAUGCCAAUGCACUGCAGAGCUUCAUGCAGAAGAACGACCUGCGAAGUGUGUGGGAUUCCUUCUACAGCAGCAAGGGCGACAUUUGGGAUCCGCCAGUCUCAGUUUGGAAGAUGCGCGGCUCAGCGUCCGCUCAGCCGAAGAAGGUGGGCGAGGACAUGUAUCAGCUCAUUGACCACAUCUUCUAUGACGGCCGCCAUCUCUUCGGGCAGGGCGAGCAAGCCUUGCGCUUGAGGGAGAAGAAGACAGAUGACCCGGCCGAUCGGGAUUGGCUGGCGCUGAUGCCGAACGAGCUGUUACCCUCGGACCAUUUGCCCAUCGUGUGGGACUUUCACCUCAAUGUGAAUUCACCCCGCUGGGAGCCGACCGUCUUGGUGAGUUGUGCCAAGCAGCUCUUUCAACAGCUGCGCAGCCUGCUGCCGGGCGCCGAUCCCAACCUGGACGAGAUCGAGAGCCUCUUUGCACCGCUGUACUUGGGAGGCUUGCAUGGCCGCCGGGACAGCUCUCCAGAUGUAGCCUUGAGCGUUUUUCACGUCUUGAAGAAAAUCUCGGUGGAGGCCAAAGCCACGCUGAAGUAUGAGCUCACGGACAACGUCUCCAAGUUGGAACUCUUCCGCGAGAGAAUCAUCAAGGCUACCGGCCGCCACCAGUCGAAGGCUACCUAUGAGAGUUCCCUGGUUCAAGCCUUGCUCUUCUCUGCAGCCUCCAUUGUGGCCGGCCAAGGGGGUCUCUUCAGUGACCAGUGGAGUACCAUCGCCCUGGCGGCGAUGCGCUGUGUGCUGCGCACGCUGACGGCGGUGCCCUGUUUGGAUCCCAGCUUCGUGGAGGUCAUGAGUGAGGGCCAGUUGUGGGCACUUCUGGCGCAAAUGACCAGUAUCAUCACCCCAAACUGCCCCUACAUUGUGAAAGCCUUCGACCAGAACGGCAUUGUCACCUCGCAAGACAUGGAUUGCCUCCUGGUGGAAAUUGGGGAGCAGCUGAACUGCAGACGUACGCCCUGCGCCCCGGCGUUGUGCGUGCUGCGCUGCAUCAAUUGGCGGAAGUGUGCCACGGGGACGCAUGUGGCAGCUGCGGUCAAAAUGCUCAUGCAGGCCAUAGAAGCAGGCAAGAUCCCCUUCUUGGAGCAGCACCUCUUUGGACCCACCGACCGGAUGGAGGAGAUGCAAGCUGUGCCCUCAGCCGUCUCGGUGGUCUCCACUAUCCGUUUACUCCGCGCCAACUCAGCGACGCCGCAGCCUCCGCUGCCGCCGGAGAUGCAGCACAAGCAGACCUUCGACCAGUCGGCAGCCAUCAGCGCUUUAGCGUCCCUGGCGAACUCGGGGAACUUGGACUCGGGCGGUGGCUUGGCCUUGUUGUUGGAGUCUUUGCAGCGACAGAUGGCCUUGGCGCAAGGCACCAGCACUCCAGAGCGCCAGGCGCGGGCACUGCAUCGGCCACCGCCCUGGGUGGUGGCCUCCUACGUGCGUCGCACAGUGGUGAGUGCCCUGGAGAAGACGGAGCCCCUUGAAGCUUUGGUGGUCUCGGCGCAGAAGCUCCACGUCUCAGAGCAGGAGGCCAAGAAGCGCGCGCGGCUGAACCCAGUGGAGGAGCUCAUCCAGGCCUUGGUGGACUUCCCUCAGGAUGGUCCGCAGUCCCAGGCGCACACCUUUGGGCGGAUCCUUCGGCUCUUGGUGAAGAUCGCCGACCGCUGUGGCCCCAAGGCCCUGCUGGCCCCCAUGGUGGCCAGGAAUGGCAUUGAUCGAAUACGAGAUGUGCUACGAUGCUUAGCACUGCUCUCGGAAGAGGAUUUGCAGCGAUGGAAGACCCAUUUGCACCUCAAUCGUUUUUUGGACCUUUUGCUCAGCGUGGAUGUUAGCUCGGAUAGCCUGCUUUUGGCUCUUCAGCAGCGCGUCGAAGAGGCGAUCAAGGAGAAGGAAUUCAAGGAGCUCCUGAUGCAAAGACCAUCACGGGAUGAUGCCAGUCCCAAGUCCUAUGAUCUCAACAAGAUUUUGGCAGAGAUCGACACCUUUGAUUUCGUCAAGAAGCUGCCCGAAAGCCCAGCCAUGGAGGAUUUGUUCACCAGAGGGGAAGUUGAGACGUUUGAUGUGGCAGCCUGGCAAGGCAAUAGCUUCGGGGCCAGCCCUCCGCUCGGGGACGAGCCGUGUGCCUUGAACGAUCUAUUGCCGACACCGGCCAAGUCCCACUAUCUCUUCAACUUGCGAGACAUUUGGAAGGUCUUUUUGGGGCUUUGCAGCCUUUCAGCGAAGAAGUCCAACAACGUCCCGACGGUGACUCGCUGCUGGGCGCACGAAAUUCAGCGAGUCUUUGGCGAUCGGCUCACCGAUGAACAGGAUUUGCAAUGGAUGAAGACCCAAGUGGACACAGCCGUUGGCCAGGAUUUGGCGCAGGACUUGGGCUCGAUCUUCGACAAGGAGCGCCUCAUUUUCGCCUCGUUCUUGACCCAGGAGGUGGAGAAUCGCACCUAUGAUGAGGUCACGGAUAUGCAGGCGAUGAAGACGGCCAUCGAAGAAUACCUGGAUGAGUACAAUCAGGUCUUUUCGAUCAUCAUGCCCUUGGUGAUGUUUCUGGACGCUUGCGAGCAUUGUGCGCGGAUCUGUCGCGUCCUUAGCCAGCCCAACGGCAACGUCUUGCUCUUGGGUGUAGGUGGCAGUGGCCGACAGAGUCUCACUCGACUGUCUGCGUACAUGAAUGAAGCUGAUUGCUUUCAGAUCGAAGUGGCUAAAGGCUACGGCAUGACCGAGUUCAAAGAUGACGUGAAGCGAUGCCUCAUGAAGUGUGGGGUAGAAGACAAGGUUCAGAUCUUCCUUUUCUGCGACACUCAGAUCGUGAAAGAGGACUUUGUGGAGGCGAUUAACAACGUGCUCAACAGCGGAGAUGUGCCAAACCUUUAUGCCAAUGAAGACUUCGAGGCCAUCUCCUCCUCCUGUCGACAGCUUUGUCAGUCAAUGGGCAUGCAACCCACAAAGGCGAACCUCUUCAGUGCCUAUCUCAGCCGUGUGAAGAAGAACGUCCAUGUGACCUUGGCCUUCUCACCAGUGGGCGACAGCUUCCGGAACCGUCUUCGAAGCUUUCCAUCGCUGGUGAACUGCUGUACCAUCGAUUGGUUCCACGAGUGGCCAGCAGAAGCCUUGUACAGCGUGGCCAAGCAGCAGAUCACUGGCCAGAACGUGGAGCUACCAAACCUGGAAGGUGCCUUGAAGAUGUUCCAGACCAUUCAUCAGAGCGUGGAGAGCUCGUCCAAGAAGUUCCUGCAAGCCACCGGGCGCCAUGUCUAUGUGACUCCGACCUCCUUCUUGGAGCUCCUCACCAGCUUCGUGGCCAUCUUGGCUGACAAGAGGAACCAGGUUGGGACGCUUCAACACCGCUACAGUGUGGGCCUGGGGAAGAUUGGGGACGCAGAGCAGCAAGUGGCAGGCUUGCAGCAGAUGUUGGUGGAAAAGAAGCCGGUACUUGAAAAGACUCAAAAGGAGGUGAGUGAAAUGAUGGUGGUGAUCACGAAAGAUAAAGGCGAAGCGGAGGAAGUCAGCAAGGCGGUGGCGGCUGAAGAGGCUGCAGCAGCCUUGAAGGCUGAAGAGACUCAAGCGAUUAAGGACGAUGCUCAGAGGGACUUGGAUGAAGCGCUCCCGGCCUUGGACCAAGCGGUGGAAUGCUUGAAGAAACUUCGCAAGGAGCACAUCCAAGAGGUGAAAGCCUUGGGAAAUCCACCCGCGGGUGUCCGCUUGGCGUGUGAGGCUGUUUGCAUUAUGUUCCAAUUGAAGCCAGUGAAGAAGCCAGAUCCCAACAAUCCUUCAAAGAAGAUCGAGGACUACUGGGAAACCUCUCAGAAGCAGGUCUUGGUCGAUGCCAAGAAGCUCCUGGAAGACCUCAUGGAUUUCGACAAGGAUAACAUCCCGGACAAGGUGAUCGCAACCAUUGGCCCCUACAUCGAACGAGAGGAUUUCGACCCUGCUGCGAUCAAGAAGGCCUCGGUGGCUUGCGAAGCCCUGUGCUUGUGGGUGCGGGCCAUGUACAAGUACCACUUCGUCGCCAAAGCCGUGGAGCCGAAGCGUCAGUUGUUGAAAAAGGCAGAAGCAGAGCUGGCUGAGUGCCAGGAGAAGUUGGACGCUGCACAGUCCAGGUUGCGUGAGGUUCAGAGCCUCGUGACGGUGCCGCAGGCGGAGUUUAAUGCUGCCGUGCAGAAGCAAAAGGAGCUGCAAGAUGACAUGAACCUUUGUGAGGUGAAGCUGCAACGUGCGCAUAAGCUCAUCAACGGCUUGGGCGGGGAGAAAGCCCGCUGGGGACAGAACGUCAAGGACUUGAACGCGCAGCUGGGGCUUUUGCCCGGCGACUGUGUGGUCGCUGCAGGGAUGGUCUCCUAUGCAGGGCCCUUCACGUCGCAGGUGCGCGGGGAAUGCGAAGAGCUCUGGCGGAGCGAGUUAAAGGUGCUGGAGAUGCCACACACCAAAGGCUGCAGCAUGUCCACCGUGCUGGGUGAUCCAGUGAAGAUUCAGCAGUGGGUGGUGUGUGCACUUCCCAACGACCAGCUGUCCAUCGAGAACGGCAUCAUUAUUGACAGAGCCAGGCGUUGGCCGUUGAUGAUCGAUCCGCAGCGACAAGCGAACAAGUACAUCAAGAACAUGGGCAAGGAGACGGAGACGGGCAUCGAUGUGUGCAAACUCAGUGAGAAGAACUUCUUGCGAACGCUCGAGCUGGGCAUCCAGUUCGGCAAAUGGAUCUUGCUGGAGAACAUCGGCAUCAACUUGGAUCCUGCCCUCGAGCCGGUACUGGGACAGCAGAAGAUCAAGGACGGCUCAGGCUACGUCAUCAAGCUGGGUGAUAAGUCGGUGACCUACACCGAAACCUUCAAGUUCUUCAUGACCACCACGUUGCCCAACCCACACUACUCGCCAGAGACGUCGGUGAAGGUGACGCUGUUGAACUUCGCCAUCACUCCCAGUGGGCUCGAGGAUCAGAUGUUGGGCAUCGUCGUGGCCAAAGAACGCCCCGACCUGGAAGAAGAGAAGAACAACUUGGUCGUGCAGAAUGCCAAGAACAACAAGAUCCUGAAAGAUAUCGAGGAUGACAUCCUGCGCUUGCUGGCGACCAGUGAAGGAGACGUCUUGGAAGACGACACCUUGGUGGAUAAGGUCACCGAUUCCAAGGCCGUCUCGGAUGACAUCAACGAGAAGAAGAAGGUCGCAGAGGUCACGGAGAAGAACAUCGACACAGCACGGGAGAGCUACCGCCCAGUGGCCUUCCGAACAGCAGUCCUGUUCUUUUGCAUCGUGGAGCUCACAAACAUCGAUCCUAUGUAUCAGUACAGCCUCCAGUGGUUCCAGAAGCUCUUCACCAUCGCCAUUGACACCUCUCCCAAGGCGGAGGACUUGGAAGAGCGCCUGGGCAUCUUGAAGAGCUUCUUCACAGAGCAGCUCUAUCAAUCCAUCUGCCGUGGCCUUUUUGAGAAGGAUAAGACCUUGUUCUCCUUCGCGCUUUGCACCAGCAUCCUGAGAGGUGACAAAAUGAUGGAUGACACAGAGCUCCGCUUCUUGCUGGUGGGCCCGACCGCGGAUUUGGUGGAGAAUGGCCCCGCCAUCCCGGCUGAGUGGGUGGGGAAGCAGCGCUGGAAUGAGAUUUUGACCAUCUCCAGCUUGACCGCCUUCCAUGGCUUUUCGGACUACUUUGCCACGCACGUGGACGAGUUUAAGCCCAUCUAUGACUCGGUCGAGGCAGACAAAGAGCCCUUGCCUGCGGCCUGGGAGGAGAAGCUGUCACCACUGCAGAAGAUUUGCUUCAUCCGAGCCAUGCGAAUCGACUGCUUGAAGGCUGCGGUGAUUUCGUUCAUCUCCAACCAGAUCGGAACCAAGUUCGUGGAGCCCCCCACCUUUGACAUCAGCAAGUCCUUCGCAGACUCGGUGAACACCACUCCGUUGAUUUUCAUCCUGUCGCCGGGCACGGAUCCUGUCUCAGAUGUGAUUGCUUUCGCGGACAAGUUGGGCAUGUUGAAGCGCUUCGAGUCCAUUUCCUUGGGCCAAGGCCAAGGCCCCAAGGCGAUGAAGCUCAUCGAGACGGCUCAAGGUGGUGGCGGAUGGGUCUUGCUCUCCAACUGCCACUUGAUGGAGAGCUGGAUGCCGACCCUAGAGGCCAUCGUGGAGCAAUUCAACCCAGACAACAUGCAGACCAGCUUUCGGCUUUGGCUCACCUCCAUGCCGGCAAAGAGCUUCCCAGUGCAGGUCCUGCAGAACGGAGUGAAGAUGACCAAUGAGCCGCCCAGUGGCCUGCGGGCGAACCUGCUCCGCAGUUACUCCGCCCUGAGCGACGAGGUCUUCAAGGAGUCCAACAAGCCUGAGAUUUUCAAGGUCCUGCUCUUCGGCUUCUGCUUCUUCCAUGCGGUGGUCCAGGACCGGCGGAAGUUCGGACCCAUUGGCUGGAACAUCGCGUACGGCUUCACACCAGAGGAUUUGCUCGUUUGCAGACAGCAGCUCAUGCUCUUCGUGAACCAGUAUGAUCAAGUUCCCUACAAGGUGCUGAACUUCCUGGGGGCGAAGAUCAACUAUGGAGGGCGCGUGACAGACGACAAAGAUAAGCUCUUGAUCUCCACGAUUCUGCAAACCUACAUUUGUCCAGAGUCCGUGGAGGAGAAGGAAGGCUACAAGUACUCCACCAGCGGAUUGUACUAUGCUCCUGGUGCAGAGACGAUUGAGGAAUUCAUCACCUACAUCAAAGGCUUGCCGCUCUACCCCAUGCCAGAGGCCUUCGGCUUGCACGAGAACUGCAACAUCACCUGUGCCCAGGAUGAAGCCUUGAAGCUCCUCACGGGCAUGCAGAGCAUGGUCUCGUUGAAUGCUGGCGGUGGAGAGGGUGGUUCUGCCGACACGGUCAUGGAUGACACUGCUGCAUCCAUCCAAGAGCGCUUGCCAACGCCCUUCCCCUUGGACGUGUGCGAAACCAAGUUCCCCACCAGGUACGAGGAAUCGAUGAACACGGUGGUGAAACAAGAGUGCUUGCGCUACAACAAGCUCCUGUGGUCCAUGGCCAGCUCGUUGAAAGACUUCAGGAAGGCCAUCAAAGGUCUCAUCGUGAUGACUGCAGAGCUGGAGGCAGCUGGAAAAUCGCUCUUCGUCAACGAAGUCCCGGAGAUGUGGUCGAAGAAGGGACCGCUGUCCUUGAAGCCGCUGAGUAGUUGGUAUUUGGACAUCCUUGCUCGCGUGAGGUUCUUCCAGAUGUGGUUUGACUUGGGCCAUGCGCCUCCAUGCUUUUGGGUCAGUGGCAUCUUCUUUCCCCAGGCCUUCUUCACUGGAGCAAUGCAGAACUUCGCACGGAAGUAUGGUGAGGAGAUCGACCUGCUCUCCUUCAGCCAAAGGAGCGAACGGGCGAUCGAGACCAUGGACCAGAUCACGGAUGCACCAGCACAGCUGACGUCCCCUCCCGAUGACGGGGUCUACGUCUAUGGCAUUUUCUUGGAAGGCGCCCGCUUUGACUGCACCACGCAUCAACUGGAGGACGGGGACUCCAGGCCGAAGGAGCUCUUUACCGAUAUGCCACCUUUGCAGUUCUUACCCAUCAGGAAUCGGGUGCCCAACGCCACGGACUAUCGCUGUCCCUUGACCGUCGGCUUACGUGACCGUCGGCUUGACAUGGUCACCCAUCUCCCGUGA